AUGAACGAACAGAAAUUAAAGAAGCAAAAAUUUUUAAAUAAUUUACAACAUAAUAUUUGUAAAAAUUAUAAAUUAUAUCACAGCGAUUUUUAUGACCAAUUUGAAAAAUUUCUAUUUAAUUAUAGUGUAGUGUUAUUAAAUCCUUUUAAAAAAAAUGAUCUUUUAUGUAGUCAAUUAAAUUUUUUAAGUUUCACUUGUCACUACUUUAGUAAUUUAAACGACAUAAAACAAGUGAAUGAAAAUGAAGAAGAAAGGGGUGUUCAUAAAAAUAUGUUUACAAGUGAAUAUGAUUUUGAAUUUAGUGACAUAGAGACAGAUGAUGAUGAUGAUAAUAAAAGUGACAAUAAUAAAAGUGACAAUAAUAAAAGUGAUAAUAAUAAAAGUGAUAAUAAUAAAAGUGACAAUAAUAAAAGUGAUCAUAAUAAAAGUGAUAGUUAUAAUGAUGAUGAUUAUAACGAACUAUUAAACAUAAAUUUAGAAUUGAAGAAAAAAGAAAUAUGUAAUAAUAUUAACAGUGAAAAGAAUAUAAAUGAAAUCGAAGAAGAAGAAGAAAAAAAAAUUCAAAAUAAAAAAGAUACAGAAGAUCCAUUAAAUAAAUAUAAUGAUUUAAAUGAAUAUAUAAAUUUCCUAAUGAUUAAAAAUAAAGAGAAAAUAAAUUUUGUAGAAGAAUUAUUUUUUUUAAUUACACAAUUAUUAAUUCACUAUAAACAUAAUUUAUAUAAUUCUGUUUUAUUAAGUAUAAUAAAAACAUUAAAACAAAUAAGAAAAUAUGUAGAUAGUAUUAAAUAUUUACAAGUCUUCAUUUUUUUAAGCGAUAUAAAAAUUAAUAAAAUUAAAUGUUAUAUUUUUAAAUGUGUAAUGGACAAAAUUAUUUUUAUACAUAAAAAUAAAAAAACAAACAAAAUGAACAAAAUGAACAAUAUGAACAAAAUGAAUUACCAUUUACAAAAUAAUAAAAAUAAUAGAGAUUUAAAAGACGAUGUUCUUUAUUUAUUACAUGAAGCUUUUAUAGAAUGUGGUCAAAAGAAAAGAAUACGAAAAAAAUAUUCUUCAUCCAAUUUUUUUUAUUUUAAUAAUAUUACCAUAAAUGAAAGUAUUAAUAAUUUUUCUUGUAGUAUUUUAAUAGAGUUAAUCAAGAAAAAUAUUUUUGUCAAUAAAAAAAAUGUGAACUUAAUUAGUGAAGGUAUUUUUUAUAAAAAUUUAAAAAUUGUCAAAUGUGUUUGUUAUGCUCUUCUAGGUAAGUAUGAUAAUAAAGAACUCGUUAUUAAAAUGGAAAAAGAAAAAAUUGAUAAAAAUAAAAAAAUUGAAGAAUUAAAAAAUAUAAGUAAUCAAACACAUCAAAAAUUAACAAAAUCAAAAAUUAAACAACUACAUAUUAAAAAAGAAAAAAUUAUGGAAGCAAUUUAUAAUAAUCAUAAUUCUUCAUCUGAUGAAGAAAAUCAGCAUUUAGGCACAAAAAAAAAAAAUCGAAAAAAAAAAAUCGAUCUUUCAAAUUAUGUUAAUUAUACCUUUAUUGAUUUCUUAUUUGAUGCAUAUACAUAUUCAUCCAAUAUAUUUAAUUUAAUAUGCUCGAAAUAUCAGUUUAAUAACGGUACUAUCAAAUUAUUAUUAUUAAAUAUCUUAUGCAGAAUUUAUCAACGAAAUAAAAUUAUUGAAGAAAAUUUUUUUUUAUAUUAUGAAAAUGUCUUAUUACAUUUAAAAAAUAAAAACACCAUUUCAAGGUAUCUAUCCAUAUUUAUUCAAUGCUUACAUGAUUAUAUUCCUACACCGUUUAUACAAAGAAUUGUUUGUGUGCUAAUUAAAAAAUUUCUUUGUGAACACCUGUCAGAAGAAUUUGUCUAUCUUAUUAUUAAUGCCAUCAUAGAAAUUAUUAUUAAAUUCCCAAGUUGCCUAAACGAAGAAAUUUUUGAAGCAGUCAUUGUUUUCAAAGAUUAUAAAAAUAAACAAAUUUCAACCAUCAUAAGGAGAUUUAUUAAUGUUUGUAAACAUGUAAAUCCACAAGUGUUAAAUAAAAAAUUCUUGGAUAAACAAACAGCCAUUUUCGUGCAAAAAAAAAAAAUUCUGAACAAGUCAGGCGAAAGUGUUCAGGAAAAUUCGUUAUUGCAAUAUUCUUAUUUGCUUGGAAAGCUUGGAACGGAAAAAAAGACUAAGAAAAACAAGAGAGAUAAUAAAAAGGAAAAGGGUGAAAUGGGUGAAAAUAAUUUGGGUGAUAUAAAUGAUGGUGAUAUGAAUGAUGAUGAUAUUAAUGAUGAAGAUUUGAAUGAUGAGGAGAUAAGUGAUGAUGAUAUGAAUGAUGAUGAUAUGAAUGAUGAUAUAAAUGAUGAUGAUAUAAAUGAUGAUGAUAUGAAUGAUGAUAUAAAUGAUGAUGAUAUAAAUGAUGAUGAUAUAAGUGAUGAUGAUAUAAGUGAUGAUGAUAUAAAUGAUGAUGAUAUGAAUGAUACUGACAUUGAUGAUGAUGAUAUGAAUGAUAAUAACAUUGAUGAUGAUGAUAUUAAUAAUGAUGAGGUGGACAGAAAAAGAAAUAUUAAAGAAAUCGAAACGAAUGAUAAGAACAAAGAUAAUACAUUAUUACAUUUAAAUAAAAAAUUUAAAAAAGACAAAAGAAAAGAAGAAAAAAUAAAAAAGGAAUUAGAUAUAGUAGAUAAGAAUAAAAAGAUUUUAUCUGAACGAAUAUUAACAGAUGAAGAUUUUAAAAAAUUAAAAAAAAUGAGAGAUUAUAUUGCAAAUAACAAAUCUGUGGUAUUAUCAGAAUUACAAGAUAUAUGUAAUGCUGAAGAAAGUGAUGAAGAUUCAUCAGAUGAUAAUUCUGAUAGUGAUAAGGAAAAAAUUAUUACAGAAGAGGAUUUAUUAUAUAAGAAAAAAUUAAAGAAAAGUCAGUUGAUGAAAAUAAAAACAAACAAAAGUGAAAAUAAUAGAUUUAAAACAAAUAGAGAAAAGGAAAAAAAAAAAUCAGUUAUGAUGUUAAUACAAAAAUUUAAAGGAAAAAAAAAAAAAAAUGCUUUAACAGAAUAUGGUAAACUCAAAAAAAAACUUAAAGGGAAAUUAGCAGCACGAGCCAAAAAAAGGGGAAUACUUCAAAAGAGAAUUGCCAAAAAAUUGAGCAGAAGAAAAAGAUAA